CUAGAAGGCGCGAAGCGGCAAGUCAUUUUUUUUUUGUUUUUGUGUGUAAAGACAAGUAAAACAGUUGUUGGAGCCUCUUAUGAUUGCGGGAUGCUGAGAUCAGUUAAGCCGAAGUGUUUGUUAUUCUUCUACCCAGCCAUCUCUAAUUGAUUUUCAGAGAAAGAAAUAAAGAAGAAUAAGAAUUGCCAAUAAUACUGUUGAAAAAGCAGAGCAGAAACCCAUUAUGGGCAACUCAGAAUCAUCAUCAUCGUCCUCUUCUGCUGAUCCUCGCUUCAAAUCCGCUUGCAGAGCAUUCACGCAGAAGGAACUGGAAGACCUCAAAUCCCUAUUCGUAUCUCUUGCUGCCAAAUCCCAAAGCGACAAUCCUCACUACAUUACUCCACCGGUUUUCAAGGAGUACAUAGGAGCUGGAGGACCUUUAGGAGAUAGAAUGUUCGAUUUGGUUACGCAGAAACGCAAGGAUCAAAAGCUAACCUUCCAAGACCUCGUCAUUGCCAAAGGUACUUAUGAGAAAGGGACAAAAGAUGAUAUUGAAGAGUUCAUUUAUCAACUAUUAGAUGUCUAUGGUGAUGGUGUUGUUGGAAGGUCUGAUGUCGAGCGUGUUUUAGCUACCAUGCUGAAUUCUAUAUGUUCUGAGAACUGCUCUGAAUCAAGAUCAGGCUCAGAACAAGAAUGUGUUGAUAUUUUUCUCAAUGCUGCAAAUUUUAAGAAGGAUGUUAGUGACAAAGCUGAAAGUAGUUUGUCUUUUGAGGAUUUCAGAAGGUGGUGUGCCCUUCUUCCAUCUGUCAGGAAGUUCCUUGGAAGCUUAUUGAUGCCACCUGAUUCAGGUUCUCAAGUUCCCAAGCUGGUAGAUGGAGAAAGUAUUGACCCCAAUCUAGUCUUGAUGAGAAAGCAGUAUGCUUGGCUUAUUGGAGGAGCACUUUCCCAUGAACUGAGUGAAUGGAAACUUCUGUAUCAUAGUGCAGUUCAUGGUCAAAGUUUCAACACAUUCCUUGGGAAAAUGUCAGAUGAUGGACCAAGUGUUUUGGUUAUCAAGGAUAGAGAAGGAUGCAUCUAUGGAGGUUAUGCUUCUCAGCCAUGGGAAAAGCAUGGUGAUUUUUAUGGGGACCUUAAGUCUUUCCUUUUCCAGCUAUAUCCAAAGGCUUCAAUCUUCCGGCCUACUGGUGCAAAUCACAACAUGCAAUGGUGUGCUGUGAAUUUCAGUUCGGAAAGCAUUCCCAAUGGAAUUGGUUUUGGAGGGCGAGUAAAUCAUUUUGGCCUGUUCAUUUCAGCUAACUUUGACAAGGGGCAUACAUUUGAGUGCACGACUUUUGGUAGCCCUUGCUUAUCCAAGACCAACUAUAUAUACCCGGAAGUGAUAGAAUGCUGGGGCAUAGUGCCAAGGGGAGCUCAACAGGAUAGAUCAGAAGCCAUUAGAGGUACUGUGUUGGAGAGAUUCAAGGAGGAUCGCCAUAUGUUGAACUUGGUUGGUCUUGCUAACUCAAGUGAUUAAUCUGUUCAAUGACACCCCACAUACACCAAGUUAUAUAUCAUACUGCAAUUUUGUUGAUCAGACCUAUGGAUUCGUAACUAAUUGCAAAAAGCCCUCACAGUAGAAUGAACAAAUAUCUGUGCGGUAUGUAAAAUGUCCCACCAUAAAAUUCGGGGACCUUGAUA